AUGAGACGAAGAAGCAUUCAGGUUUGUACCAGAUGCCAGCUAUUUGCCCAUCCACGACGAGGAUUUUCUAAUAGGGAGGAGCCUGUAAACCAUCCAAGCUUCUACCACAAUCGAGUAUUAGACUCGUAUGUUGCCCAGGAUGCAAAGAGAGUCACUUUAAGGCAGCUUACAGUCUUUGGCCGGACGCUGACAUCUGACAAACUGAUCCGGUCUGCAAACUAUGUUCGCCAUGAAUUAUCAGUGAGGCUAGCCCACCGUAUCGCAGAUUUCCAGUCGCUGCCAUUUAUAGUAGGAACCAACCCACAUAUAUCCCACGUAUACGGACUGUAUUGGAGAGCCUUUGAAUUCUUUAGAGCCGUAAAAGAAAUUACUAGUCUGGAUGAGAAUCGACGGUUUUGUGCACUGGUGCAAUCCCAACUCAAGGAACACUUGGUGGUGAUUCCGCAACUAGCUAUGGGAAUUACGGAAUCAUCGGCACAUUUAGAUGCUAGGGUGGCCGAUCGUUUCAUGAAUGAAAUGCUUCGGUCGCGUAUAGGGCGACGGGUUUUGGCUGAACAGCAUAUAACGCUAUCUGCUGUAUACGAUGGAACACGACAAGAGCAUCCUGGAUAUAUAGGUAUAGUGGAUACAAAUGUACAUGCUGGACAAACUGUAGCCAAAUGUGCCAAACUAGCCAGAACCUUGUUUGCAGAUGCUUUCAAGAUUGUGCCGCCCGAAGUCGAAAUCGACGGUGCUGCAGAUGCUAGUUUCACAUAUGUGCCUGAUCAUGUCGAAUACAUCAUGUACGAGCUGCUUAAAAACGCUGUUAGAGGUAGUAUAGAACAUUGGGCUCCACGGGAUAUAAUAGAAGCAGGAUAUAGUAGAGUAAACGAUGUCCCAGCAGCAGCAGACGACGAUGCGUCAGUAGCUGGUCUGGAAGGCAUGCGUGGUGGUAAAGGAACAGUAGUACACGGUAGCGCCGGUAUCGAACGUGUAGAAAUUAAUUACGAUGCAGUAGACGAUGAAGACGAUGUUGGACUAUACGGCCAACUGCAUCCAUUGGGAGACGACAACCACCGCCAUCACGAUCAUAAACAUGUUAAACAACAACACCAUCCAUAUCACUCAACGCCACGAAAACACAACGAAGAUAACAGCUCGUCAACCGAUAAUACCGAAUGGCCAUCCGAUUACGUAUCCGUAACUCCACCACUCCCGCCAAUCAGGGUCACAAUAGGCGCAUCACCGUCAUCCCUCACAUUCCGUAUAUCAGAUCAAGCAGGUGGAAUACCGAAAUCUCUCUUGGAACACAUAUGGUCGUACUCGUCUACCUCGAAACAAAAGUUUCUAAAUUUUAAUCAUGUCCCUCAACUAGCUGCUAGAAUUGGAGAAGUGGUGCCACCACUUCUCCAUUUAGGACUCGGGCUCCCCAUGAGUCGCGUCUAUGCGAAUUAUUGGGGAGGCUCGGUCCAAGUACAGUCCAUGGACGGCCAUGGUACUGAUGUUUAUGUAAAGAUCUUUACCGGGAACUCGUUGGAAGAUUUAAAGUAUAGAGAAGAUUAA